CUGGUCGUAACCUUAGCGAAUAUCAGUGCAUAAUACGCAGGCCUAGUACAAAGUACUGUUCCUAUACUCACGUCACUGUUUAUUAGGCUGUAAGUGACAAUGGCGCCCUCUGUGCCGGAGUUCUACAAGGGGAAACAUAUCCUGAUUACUGGAGCCACUGGAUUUGUUGGAAAGGCUCUAGUUGAGAAGCUACUCCGCAGCUGCAAGGGUGUCAGUACCAUAUACCUGCUGAUGAGGCAGAAGAAGGGACUCACCAGUGAGGAGAGGCUCAAAGAACUGAUCAACCAGAAGGUCUUUGACCCUCUCAAAGAAAAGGACCCAACGUGCUUCAAGAAGCUCCGUCUCAUCGCUGGAGACAUCCUGGAACCAGAACUUGGCAUAUCUGAUGAGGACCGGAAGCUGCUGCAGAGUACUUGCAAUAUGGUCUUCCAUAGCGCCGCUUGCGUCAGGUUUGAUCAGAAACUUAAAGAUGCAGUGGCUAUGAACACUACUGGAACACUGAGAGUGUUAGAACUCGCUGAAACUAUGGAGAAAUUGGAAGUAUUCGUACAUCUGUCGACAGCGUACUGCCGUUGUCAUCUAGAUGUGCUGGAGGAGAAACUGUACCCAGCCGUCCACAAACCCAGGAAGAUCAUGGAAAUCGUCGAGUGGAUGGACGAUGAUCUUCUCAACCACUUGGAGCCUAAGUUGAUAUCUUCAGAACCCAACACAUACUCCUACACUAAAGCGAUCACAGAAGAUUUAGUAGCGGAAUAUGGCACCAAAUUCCCACUGGCCAUUGCAAGGCCAUCUAUUGUGACUUCCGCGUGGAAGGACCCGUAUCCAGGAUGGGUGGACAACCUUAAUGGGCCCACUGGCCUGCUGAUUGGCAGUGGAAAAGGUGUUAUCCGCUCCAUGCACUGCGAGCCUUCCUACAUGGCAGACGCCAUGCCCGUCGACGUCACCGUCAACGGAUGCAUUCUACUUGCAUACGCUACUGCACUUGAUAAGCCAAAAGAGACUCGUGUGUACAACAUAACUCUCUCCGGCAUCGUCAAAAUGACUUGGGCUGAAAUUAUUGAGCUGGGUAGGAAAUGGGUAAACGUGUACCCCCACACUGUAGCCCUCUGGUACCCUGGUGGUACUGUCAAAUCCUACUGGUGGACUCACCAGAUCUGCGUAAUCUUUCUCCACUUGAUACCAGCAUAUUUGGUUGAUGGCUUGCUGUUUUUGAUGGGGCGAAAAACUUUCAUGGUGAACGUUCAAAAGAGAAUCAGCCAUGGAAUGGGUGUCAUUCAGUACUAUACAACUAAGGAAUGGUACUUCACUAACAACAAUUUCAGAGCCCUGCGCGAAAGGAUCAGCAAAGAAGACGACGAGACAUUCUUCACCGACGUCUCUUCAGUAGACAUUCCAGAGUACCUGAAAGACUACAUCCUUGGAGCCAGGCAGUUCGUCUGCAAGGAAGACCCGUCCACCUUACCCAGAGCCAAGAAACUGCAUAGAAUACGCUACGUAGCAGACGUGAUACUGCAAACGGUUCUACUGUGUCUUCUGCUGUGGUUUUUGUAUUCAUAUUCGCACGUGUUCACUUCUGUGGUCGGUACCCUGGACAGUACUCUGAAAAACCUCUCACCAAUAGACCAAGCAAAAGCUGAAGGCUUUGCCAGUGUGACCAUGUGAUGACAGUUGAAUUAAUACGUAGGUUUUAAUUAAUGUAUUUUUAUUGAGGGACUUUCCAGGCUUUGUACAGCUUUAACUUCAUAAUUACCUAUUUUCUCAAUACUCGGAUACAUAAUUAUUCCAAAAUACAAUGUAACGGCAGAAGCAUAUAUAAAAAUAAUUGUUGCUUGAUAUUUGGAUCAGAUUAUGUAUAGUUUAUGUAAGUAUAGUUAUUUUGAUCAGAAUAAUAAAUUAAUUAUGUCUGUUAUCCAUGAAAUUAGAAGAUUAAACGAAGUAAAUAUAUCUAUAUUUAUAUUGUAUUCGAAGAACGUAGCCUGGAUGGUCCCGUAUUUUAUACCAUUAUGAGUAGUAGUAUUUACAUUUUCUCAAAUGAGAAGGCAAUGGAACACAGGCAUACAGCCAUACAGCCUAUUCUGCACGACGAUUAUGAUACUAAAAAAAGUGUUAGGUAGCUAUGACCACUAGAUGGCGUUAGUUCUCGGGAAUUUGGCAUUAUUAAAAAAUAAUUUUGGAUAUGGUACGACCACGGUAUUCCAUUUUUGAUUUAAUAAAUAAUUAAGUUAUAUAAUAAAAAAAAAAUCCGCUGAAGAAACGCUGUUUUUAACGCCAUCUAGUAUGUUUUUUAAGAAAAAGUAGGGUAAGUUAUUAUUUUUAGCACGAAACAAAAAUAAAAUCUUUAUCAAUUAAUAUUGUUGGUAAAAAUAUAUGUUUUUUAUAGUUGAAUAAGUAAUUAUUAGCUAUUUUUUUAAUUAUAAGUAAGUGUAAUUGCCAGAUAUUUUUUUUGAAAUGCAAGUAAAGAAUUUAU